CAAUCAGACCCUACAAACUACGAACAACAAUUAUGGCCGCGUUCUUCAGCUGCAGCAGAGGUUUUAUGGUCCGGCCCGGUAGAUAUUGAAGGAAAUAGACGAGUACCAGAUAAGUAUGCAUUGGAAAGAUUAAAUGAUUGGAGAUUUCGAAUGGUUAAACGAGGUGUACGGGCAGAACCAUUACAGCCUUUAUGGUGUGUUCGUACUGGACGAUGCAAUUUCUAG